GCAAUUUACGCAGCCGAAUAACAUUCGUGGACCGAUCGCCGUUUCGAGAAGGGGACUUUCUUUGCACGUUGCACAAUGCCAGGAAACAUUUUGCUGUGGAUUAUCCUUGGAUUUUUCGGUCUAGAAAUCACCGAAGGACAAAUUUCAUGCUAUCAGUGCAACGUAGACAAGGCAAGACUUUCAAACGAUUGCAGUGAUCCUUACGUACCGUCCCCCUUGCACCACUUACUCCCUUGUCCUGAAACAGAGCCUCAUCAUUGUUUGAAGGCUGCAAUUUUUUAUAAUAAUCACCACUUCACCGUGAGGGCUUGCAUGCCAUCUAGGUCGCUGGAUACGUAUUGCGCGGCUGAUAAAUUUGCCAGUUCCUUUUCCGGGGCAGAAAUAAGCUGUUAUUACUGCGAAUACGAUGCUUGCAACCAUUCCACUCCCCGAGUCAAGCCUGCCGGUGAAUUAGCAUUGGGUCUGUUUGCUAUUGUCGUUUUGAAAUCAGCAGGUCCUAUUAUCGGCUAG